AUGCCCUACUUUGACAUUCCAAAGUGCAAAUUUUUUAUACGCGAUGAAGUUGUCAUUCAUAAUAAGCCACAUGAUUUUUGGAUUAUUAUACAUGGAAAUGUUUUAGAUUUAACAUCAUUUAUCAUUUCUAAAUUAAGAAACAAUACCUGGAACAUAACAAUGAAUUAUUUAUUGGCUUUUGGUGGAAAAGAUUUGAGUAAAUAUUUUCAUAAAAAUCUUUUACCAAAAACAGAAAUUUCAAUAAAUACUGGCCAACCAAGAGUACUUUUCCCACCGAUUACUGAAAGUAUAACAGGAAAGUCCCAUAAAAUUUGGAGUAUAGAUUCAAAAUAUCAUAUUGGCAAAAUAACAAUAAUGGAAAGAUCAAUACGAAUUAUAAAUACUUUAACUGGGAAAAUUCAUUGUAUUGUAGUGUGUGAAGAAGAUAAAAUUUAUGAUAUCAUGAAAAAAUAUAAAAAAUAUAACAGUCAUUGUGGUAGUUAUAUUUGGAGAAAAAAUUCUAAAAAUUGUUCAAUUUCGGGGCGUUUAAAUUUAAAUUUUACUUUGACGGAAAAUGGAAUAUUACCAGAAAAACAUGAUAUAAAACCACCAUCAAUUUGGUUAUUUUAUUCAGAUGAUUUAACAGAAGGAUGA